AUGGCGAUCUCAAUGGAAGGUCCACUGUCGAAGUGGACAAAUGUUGUUAAAGGAUGGCAGUACAGAUGGUUCGUUCUCGAUGAAACCGUUGGCUUGCUUUCGUAUUAUACUUCUAAAGAAAAAAUGAUGAGGGGUGCGAGAAGAGGAUGUCUAAGAUUAAAGGGAGCAUUGCUAGGGAUUGAUGAUGAAGAUGAUAGUACUUUUACAAUUAGUUGUGACCAGAAAACCUUCCACUUCCAAGCAAGAGAUGCUGAAGAACGAGAAAAGUGGAUUGGAGCUUUAGAGACAACAGUUAUGAAACAUUCUCAUUCUGGGCUACGGAGGCCAUUUGGUACGGAUUUAGGUUUGAUUACGUCGGAGGACGACUUAGACAAGAAAUUGACUGAAGCUGAAGCAUAUUUUAAAUUAUUUACAGAGCAAGUGAAGGCGUUACAUGCUCAGAUGAGCAACGAUUGUACAAACGAACAUGAUCCUCCUGAGGUAACCACCGUACUUGUCGUUUACUAUCUCCUCGCCCGUGCUGGAAUAUUACCCUGUCCUAGAGAGGGGGAAUCACCUACCCGUGAAAUGCUUGGGUACAUGACUACCUGGAACAUUAUAUGCAAUAUCAUGAAUCACUUCUCUUCAUAUAUGCGUCAAAUUAUUCGAGAGACGUCGACCAAAAUGCUUGAAAAUAUUGGGCAGUCUCUUGAGAUGAUGCAUUCUGUAAAGGAAUCUUAUGAAGGUGGUGAAUCAACGCCCGUUCUAAACGGGGAACAACCCAAUGUGGUAGUUGAAGAGAAAAGUGCUCGGGCACCUUCGUUAACUGACUCAGAGAUCGUAUCGCCCGGUAUUGGAGAUACAUUUCCUAUUCCUGUCAAGGCCUCUCCAGUUCGUAAUAGUAAAGGAAGAUCAGGAACGUCUCCAUCACAAGCUGCCCAUAGAAUGGCUGAUGCAUUUCCUACAAUAUCAUAUUCAAGUAGUGAAGAUGAAGAUCCAGAAUUCUUCGAUGCUAACGAAUACGAUAAUGAUAUUGCCAGCGCCUCUGAAUCCCAGAAAGGUGUGAAGUACCACGAAGAUGAAGAUGAUAUAUUUGGUGCAGAGAUCGAAGGGGACGAUAUUAAAAAGCAUGGCAGCAUUAUAACUCAUUUAUUAUCUCAAGUUCGUCUUGGUAUGGACCUAACGAAGGUUGUUUUGCCAACAUUUAUUUUGGAGAGAAGGUCGUUACUUGAGAUGUAUGCCGACUUUCUUGCUCACCCUGACUUGUUUGCAAGUAUUGGUGACUUUGACGAUCCUAAGGACAGAAUGAUCCAAGCUGUAAAAUGGUAUUUGUCAGCAUUCCAUGCUGGUAGAAAAAGCUCUAUCGCGAAGAAGCCGUACAACCCAAUCUUAGGAGAAUCAUUUCGCUGUCAUUACGUUCUGGAUGAAAACAACAGAAGCAAGGAAUUGACUAAAGAUGGACCCGUCGCAGGUAUCAGUAAGGACGAUGUUGGUUUUGUUGCUGAGCAACUAUCACAUCACCCACCAGUUUCAGCUUUUUAUGCCGAACAUCCUAAUAAAAAGAUUUCUUGUACUGGACAUAUUUGGACAAAAUCAAAGUUUCUUGGUCUCUCGAUUGGCGUAGAAAUGGUUGGGCAAGGGUGUAUAUCUGUCAUACCUUACGAUGAGGAAUAUAUAGCAACUUUCCCAAAUGCCUAUGGCAGGUCGAUAUUAACAGUUCCCUGGAUGGAAAUGGGUGGACAAACUGCAAUAACAUGCGCAAAAAGCGGCUAUAAUGCUAAUAUUCAUUUUCAUUGUAAGCCAUUUUAUGGUGGGAAAAAACAUCGAGUCACUGCCGAAAUCACAGCGCCUGGGGAAAAGAAACCAUUCUUUACAGUAAACGGCGAAUGGAAUGGAGUCAUGUAUUAUAAGGAAGCCACGGAAGGACAAAAUAUUAGUUCAUCUGAGACACCACAAGUGUUUAUUGACACAAAGACAAUGCCUGUAUUUAAGAAACGCGUAGCUCCUUUAGACAAACAAGAAGAAUUUGAAUCUCGUAGACUUUGGAGAGAUGUAACAGAAGCUUUAAAGACAAACGAUAUAGAAAGUGCAACUGCUGGCAAACACAAGCUUGAGGAGAGACAACGCGCUGAAGCACGGGAGAGGAAAGAAAGUGGAGAAAAAUGGCAAACUAAGCUUUUUCAUGAAAAUAACGGUGUAUGGACGUACGACGCAGCUCUAACUACCCGCCUUAAAGGGCAAACAGCUGGGAAGUGAUUUUAUGUUAGUGCAGCAACAAAAUUCCCUCGCAAUAUUCCUCACUAAUAUAUAAUUUUAUUUAUGAUGUUGUAUUUGACUUUACAGUUGAUUUUGGUACAAUUGCCACUAUUUUCAACUGAAUUAGUUGCUUAUAGUGACCGUUUGAAAUUAUUACAUAUCAGUUAUUUUAUUCUAAUAUAAAUGAGGCCUAUAGUAUGAGCGAUGCCGCGUAUUUUGCUAAAAGCACAACUAUCAUAAAACAAGUGGGAAAAGCCUCCUACCUAGUGGAAAGCGUCAGGGCUCUUGCAGGAUGCGGUGUGCGUUUGAGAUUAAACAAUAUUUUGGGGCCGUAUCGUAAUCCAACAUUGCGUAGUUAUGACUUUCAUUCAGUUGCUCAUUUAUAUUUUUCACGUUUUUUAUUUUACAUUAUUAAUAACGAAAUUUGUAAAUAUGCAUUUUACAGUCAUAAUAUGCUGUAAUAUUAAUUAUGCAAUGUUUGAAUAUAUUUUUUAUGCUUGU